GUGCUUUAUGCGGGGGCUCACGGGCAUAGCCUCAUUACACACAGCCUUAGAUAUCUUUAUUUUCACAUUCAAAUUGUGAACUGCGUUUUAUUUUUUAAAUUCGUUAACAUCACAAGAAGAAUAGCGGGUGUGGGGUGUAGAAAUGCUCCCUUCGUGUGGAUGACAAACUUUUCCACUGGAUUACAAGUGAUCCCUCAUGCAGCACCAGGGACCCUGACAAACGGCGAAUCCAUUUACCAGGUUUCCAAUGCGAAUGAUCACCUCUGAGGCGUGGAUAUGUAUCAGGGCAUAACAAUGGCAACAAACCAUGGACCAUCCUACGAGCCUGGUUUUUUGCACAACUCCGCCGCUACCUCGCCAGUCUACGUGCCGACUACACGGGUUUCAGCCAUGAUUCCAGCCCUGCCUUACCUUCAGACGCAUGCAGCUUCGCAGCAAGCCGGCUCGGUGUCCAGCCAUUCGGGCUGGGUUCAGCCCGGCGCGGAUUCCGUCCCUUCCUACAACACGGGGAGCGCCCACCACUCUCCCGUGUCGCCUCGUUUCACCUUCUCCACCAGUCCCCCUCUCAGCUCUGGGGUCGCCGCGGUCCGAGAGACGGCAAGUUACAACAGCCCAUUGAACAUCAACACCAACGGCAGGGAGCACUACGGAACGCGGGGGAUCGGCGGAUCGUAUCACAGUCCGUAUCCGGCUUAUGUGAGUCCAAAUAUGGGAGGAACGUGGCCUUCAUCGUCGUUUGACAGCUCCGUACUGCAUAACCUACAAUCUGCUGGCCCCGCGGGCGCUGGUAGGCACCCCAAUAUAGAGCUGUUCGAUGAUUUUGCGGAGGGGCGGGAAUGCGUCAACUGCGGGGCCAUGUCAACGCCCCUCUGGCGUCGGGACGGGACCGGGCACUACCUGUGCAAUGCCUGCGGUCUCUACCACAAGAUGAAUGGCAUCAACCGGCCCCUUAUUAAACCGCAGAGACGCCUGAGUGCAUCUAGGAGAGUUGGUCUGUCCUGCACAAACUGUCACACCACCACCACCACACUUUGGCGCCGUAAUGCAGAGGGGGAGCCCGUGUGCAAUGCCUGCGGCCUGUACAUGAAGCUGCAUGGGGUCCCUCGCCCCUUGGCCAUGAAGAAGGAUGGGAUUCAGACUCGUAAACGCAAACCUAAGAACCUGAAUAAGUCUAAAUCUGGAACACCUCUGGGGGAGAGCCAUGCCCCCAGCAGCCCCAUGAAGGCCAGCAGCAACACGGAGCAGCCACGGCCAGUGAAGACGGAACCAGAGAACACCGCACUGUACCCACAGCAUGGCAUGCAUCCGCAGGUGCCGUCCAUCCCUGGAUACAGGACUGUCCACAAUGGCAAUACGCCUCUCAAGCUGUCCCCUGGGGGCCCCUCUGGGCCCUCCAGCUCCAAGAGUGAGCCGUGGAGCAGCCUUGUACUAGCCUGAGGCUACGUGUACAUAUCUGGGUGAAAGCGGAGCGUCAUGGAGACCUGGUUGCCUUACCUUUGUAUCUCACAUGCCCAUGUAGUGUGGAGACUUACAUUGCUUUAGCUUGCUGGCUUCUCUUUCUUCCAAGCCGCCGUCUCCCAUGGUUUUUCCUUUUCUAAUUUGUCAUUUCUUCAUUCUGUUGUGUUUUAAAUAAUUUUUUUUACACUGCAAGAAGAAAGCCUACAAUGACUCCCAAGACUCUUACAUGGCCGUGCUCGAGAAUCUGAGCCACAAGAUAUGAUUUAGUUUGAAAGAUGGGGAGUAGUAGGGGGAUGAUAACCCAGUGGUGGCUUUCUGCCGUCGGGCCCACAGGACCUGAGCUGCCAGGUAUUUUGGAUCAGCAGUCGACUGAGCAAAAAAAGUCACUGAGCAGAAAGAAAGUGCAUUCAGAUACCUGUAAGCAUCCCCCCUGCCUAGAUCACCCACCGAACACGAAAGCACUCUGGAGGGAAAAGUUAACAUUGUAUCGUCUGGAUCACUCCAUUAGCUGCCUGAACUGUGUGUCAUUUCAAGUUCAUGAUCUGUGUGUGACCCUCACACUUUGCGAGACGGAUCCCGGCCAGUGUGACUCACGCUCUACCACAGGAAUGCAAUUUGGUGUCAGGCUAAGUGUUGUGUUCAACUUCUGCUCAUUUGUGCUAAUCAGCAUAUGCCAUGUUACAGCAUCAAGUCAGAAAUAUGUGCAUAGAAUUAAGUCUCGCGUGGUUGUCAUUAGCAUAUUUUCAGUUAAAAACUGACACAAAGAGUCGCCCUGGAAUGAGCCCUGAAAUCCAGCCUUUUACUUUAGUGAUAUUUCGAUUAUUUUUUAUGUUUGUAACAUCCUUGCAGAUGGUGUCAUGUAUUUUUAGCCUGGUUUGUAGUAUUUAUUAUGCUUUAAAUCAGCAUUUCUCUUUGAUUUUUCUUUUUACCUCUCUUCGUUUAGAAUGCAACAUCAGCAUAAGCUAAAUGUGAACGCAUUGUGACAGAAAUUAUUAAAGAUUUCCCAGCCACAGAACUGAAUGAUGAUACCUGCUUACUCCAAGCAGAGAGACGUAUAGCUACACUUUAGCCAUCAUCUUUUUGUAAAUUAUGGAAUGUUGUAGAAUAAAUAUACAAGCAUACCGUUACAUGUAUAUGAAUUCACUCCAUAAUAAUGUAUGUAUUUCAUAUAUUCCCUUGAAUAUUUUUUUUUUUUCAGAAAUCUGAGGCUACCUUUUGUCCCGUGGCUGUGGCAGCACCGGCACUAUGCUGGCUGUCCUCUUGUGUGCCGCAGUUUCAGCAAUAAAGUGAAGGAAACGUGUUGCGGAGUAAAUCUGGGUUAUCGCA